ACCAUGUGCGGUAUCUUCUGCUCUGUCAGCACUGCCGGCCACGUAGCUCCCGAGAAGAGACAUCGCUUGCUCCUGGAAAAGCGAGGUCCCGACUCUUCUCAAGAGCUAAGACAGCAGACAGAAAAUGUUUACCUGACCUGUUUCAGUACCGUUCUCGCUCUGAGAGGUGACCAUACUGUUGUUCAGCCUGUACAGCAUCCAGACUAUCCAAAUGCCUUCCUUUGUUGGAAUGGUGAAGCUUGGAAGCAUGCUGCUGAAUCCAUUAACGGCAAUGAUUCUGAAGUUGUUUUUGCAGACAUCUCGAGCCUCCUGAAAGCUGAAAUUUCUGACACGUCCGCUUCCUCAGCCAAAGUCAUGCAGCAUGCAAUGAGCCUCAUCACUGGCCCUUAUGCUUUCGUCUACUAUGAUCCUCGAUCAGACACUCUAUUCUUUGGUAGGGAUCCUCUUGGACGCCGUUCCUUGAUGUACCGCGUUGAUGAAAGUGGUAACUUCAUUCUCUCUACCAUUUCUGGUCAACAAGAACAAGGCUGGGAGGAAGUAGAAGCUGAUGGUAUCUACUCGCUCAAUCUCAAAACCUUCUACGAGUCUGUUCAGAAGCAAGAACGGUGCAUACCAACAUGUCUUCCCUACACCUCCUCCCCGAAUACCAUUACCUCCACAGCUUCCCCACCUGAAUCAUCCGCUUCUCCGCUUAGUAUCUCAUCUCCUGCUGUUGCAAAAAUCGAGACCUUGCUGCGUGACUCUCUGCACCUACGCAUCUCCGAUAUCCCUGCCUUCUCGAAUCCUGAGCCAUCUUUUCCUGCAGCGAGCCUGGCUAUUCUCUUUUCUGGUGGUUUAGAUUGCACCCUUCUGGCGCGACUUUCACACGAUAUAUUCGACCCUGCACAACCAAUCGAUCUCCUCAACGUCGCAUUCGAGAAUCCUCGAGUACAUCGUCGACCUGCGGACGCAGAUCCUGAUACACUCUGGUCACCAUUUGAACUUUGCCCAGAUAGAAUCACUGGACGUGCUUCUUUCGCCGAACUUCAAGCCAUCUGUCCUGGCCGAAUUUGGAGAUUCAUCGCCAUCGACAUUCCAUACAAGGAGUUCCUUGUUCACAAACCCGAGGUCAUCAGCUUGAUUUACCCUCAUAACACCGAGAUGGACUUGAGCAUUGCUUCUGCUCUCUAUUUUGCUUCGCGAGGACGAGGGUCAACAUCUGCAAAAUCUGGAGAAUCAACUCGGUACACCUCGGGAGCAAAAGUGUUGCUUUCUGGAUUGGGCGCCGAUGAAUUGUUCGGUGGCUAUACUCGACACGAUACUGCUUUCCGUCGUCAUGGUUUCGCCGGACUCAAGGAUGAGCUCGACCUUGAUGUUGACAGGCUGGGAAAGCGUAAUCUUGGUCGUGACGAUCGCGUACUUUCUAAUUGGGCAAGGGAGACACGAUUCCCAUUCCUCGACGAAGAUCUUGUGAAGUGGGCGGUCAUUGCUCCUGUUUGGGAGAGGUGCGGAUUCGGCGAGAACAAGGAAAUCCUGGACAGUGGGACCGGCUCUCUGGAGCCUGCGAAGAAGGUGCUGAGGUGUCUUGCUUGGAAACUCGGCAUGAAAAAGGUGGCUGCGGAGAAGAAGCGAGCAAUUCAAUUCGGCGCACGCACAGCCAAGAUGGAGGUCGGGCGCUCGAAAGGAACCCAGACCAUUACUUAA